ACUGAUCUCUGUGGUAGACUGAAGACACACGCAAGCCUGGCUUACCAGAGAGGUGUGAAGCUCUCAGGUGAGGCAGCUUCAUUAGACACAUCACAUCAAACUGAUAAUUGUCGUCGAGCAGACUUUAAAGAGUCAUUUCCCCCAAAAGCAAUCUAAUUAUUUUUCUUUCUAUCACAUUAUCCGUCUACUUGGCCCGAUUCACACCCCAGUGAUAACGAACGACGUCCUCCGAGAAGGUCGCAUUUUGCCACUUGUGGUUUUCUUUGAACUUUUUUCGCCUGAGCUGUGCUUCCGGACCUUCCGGAGAUCUGCUUCUGUAUAAAAACGCUUUGCCCCAAAUCGGCUGGACGGAAUCCGCCUGUCGUUCGCCGCUGAUGUCACUCCUGCCGCACGGACGCGUGGAAGUCUCGGGCCUAUUUCUAACAUGAACCUGGAAGUCGUCACCGCUCAAAUUCUGUCCGAGUGGAAGAUCCACGAGAGCGCGUUCGGAGAAGAUCGGGACUCGCUUCAAUCCAGCUCGCCGGAGUCCUCGCUGGGCUCCCUGUGCUCUUCCCCGGAGAUGUGCUUCUCGGACGGCCAUGGGGAGCUGAAGGACUUCUCCCUGGGCUUCACGGGGCGCAGGGGCGCUUCGGCGCAGAGGCAGGGCAAGCCCAAGAUGUCCACCAAAAGACGCAUGAAGGCCAGCGAGAGGGAGAAGAUGCGGAUGAGGAGUCUCGCGGAGGCUCUGCACCAUCUCCGAGACUACCUUCCGCCGGACUACAGCAAGAGAGGGCAACCCUUGACCAAGAUCCAAACCCUCAAAUACACGAUUGAAUACAUCAACAAGCUUUCGGACAUCCUGAGCCGCGCGUAACGGGACGCACAGUUGACUUUUUACGCAUCGGGUUUACUAUCAUCUGGACUUCUGUUUUUAUCAUAUCUUAUGAGAACUACGAAAUAUUUUAGAUAACUUAAUCAUUUGAUCUCAUAUAUUAUGAUCUUUAUUCGCAAUUUUCUUGAUGUAUAUAUUGUUUAGUGGGCACUUGGCAAUUAUUUUGUAGCCCAUACGAGGCUUUCUUUGAUGUAGAAACAGUGUGCUGUUUAUUGUUAUGUACGUUUCUCUUGUGGUGUC